GACCAGAAUGGGAUAGUACAGUUGGUAAAGUAGUAAGGCUUGCGCAACUAAAAUAUCCAGACUGCGUUAUUUUAACGCGUGUUGGUUCUUUUUGGGAGCUUUAUUUCGAACAAGCCACAAAGAUCGCUCCACUUUUAAAUAUCAAGUUGACAAAAAAAAAGUUUGGGCAAGAAUAUAUGCCUUUUGCAGGUUUUCCCCUUCAGCAUCUUGAUAAAUAUCUUUCGACAUUGGUCAAUGAUCAUGGUCUUGCGGUAGCUCUUUGUGAAGAGUUUCUUAACGAUGAAAAUGAUGAGAAAGUUAAGUUUAAGCGUCGAGUUUCACGUAUCAUUACUCCUGGAACACUUAUCGAUGAAAGUUUUUUACAACAAGAUCAAAAUAAUUUUUUGCUUGCACUUUCAUUGGAUGAGAGGACAAAUAAUGUCGGAUUAGCAUGGAUUGAUAUAACAACCGGCCAGUUGUUCGUUGCAAUGAGUGAGCUAGAAUCACUUUCUAAUGUUUUGGCCCGUAUUCGACCUAGCGAAAUUGUUUUAAGUGAACAAUUUAAAUUUCAGAAAGAUCAUCCUAUAUGGAUUCAGUUAAAUCGUGAAAAAUAUGCCUUUGCAUAUGAAUCGAUUAAAUCGUUUUCUACUCAACAAUCGCAACCCGAUUUGCAUUUCGGAGAUGUAAUAGAUGAAGUCUUUUCUGGAGUUGAAAUACAAGCCAAUACAGCUUUACAUAAUUAUAUUAGUAGAAAUCUCAUUGAAAGGUUUCCUAAAAUUCAACCUCCAAUAAGGAUAAAUCCAGAAAAUACAAUGAUUAUUGAUGAAACGGCCUUGCGAUCGUUAGAAAUAAUAAUGUCAAUUCGCAAUAAUUCUAAGCGAGGAAGUUUGAUUCAUGCUAUUGAAAGAACAAAGACAAAAUCCGGCACGAGAGCUCUUGAUCAAUGGUUACGCUUCCCAACAACUUCAUUAAUUAAAAUUAACAAUCGUUUAGACAUUGUUGAAUAUUUUUAUUGCAAUACGCAUCUCACUAGUGAUAUUCGGCAAAUUUUGGAAGAGGUUGAUGAUGCUCAAAGAACGUCACAAAAGAUUUCUUUUGAUUAUUAUGGACCUGACGAUUUUCUUAAACUUAAACGAACAUUUGAGGCUAUGGGAACAAUCAAAACGCGCCUAGAAGAGGAAUUGAAAAUUACACCAAACUUUAGUUUAGAGGCACUCAUUGAACGUUUAAAACCUCAAAAUGAACUAAUAAAAAUAAUAAAAGACGCUAUAGACGAAGACGCCUUAAUAAGAGACAAAGAGAUAUCUGUUAAAACUGGAUUAGCUAUUAGUGAUUUUGAUUCAGAGAUUGAAGAAGUCGAACUUUCCGACAAUGGAAAUCAAACGGUGGAAUUGAACAACGAAAAAAGGAAUGCCUCAACUAUCAAGAAAAAGAGAAAUACAAUGAAAAAAAAUAGCAUAAAUUCCACCGAUACAAAUCUCGAAGAAGUGCAAGCACUCAUCAAAUCUGAUAAUUGGAUUAUUAAGACAAAUUUUUCAGAAGAGGUAACAAGUUUACAUAAUCAACUUGAAGCUAGAUACUUGGAAAUGAUAGAAAUGCAAAAUCGAUGGCGAACUGAACUAAAACUUCGAUCACAUUCGAGUUUUGGCUUCAUUGUGGCUGUUAAACGCAAAAAUGAUUGUAAUUUGGAAAAAUCUCUAAAUGCAACUCGUAUCCAACAUUUUAAAUCUAAGAAAUGGUUUAUUGUUCAGGCAUGGACACAUCUUGGGGGCAAAAUCGAAGAAAUAAAAUCUAAGAUACAUGAAGCAGAAUCUAAUGCAUUUCAAGUCAUUAGAACUAAGAUUUCUGAUAAUUGGGAUUUAACAAUUCGUAAUACGAAUGUAAUCGAUGAAGUCGACAUUGCUUCAUCCUUGGCAGUUUUAGCCAGAGAAAAAAAUUUCGUUCGACCUAUUCUAAAUCUUAGUAAUUCUCAUAAAGUUACGGGAGGCCGUCAUCCAAUUGUGGAAUCUGGACUUCAUAUGAAAGAACGUCAAUUUACAAAAAAUGAUUGUUACGUUGGAGAUAAAGAACGAGUUUUAUUAAUAACUGGUCCAAAUAUGGGAGGAAAGAGUACAUACUUAAGGCAAAACGCGAUUAUAUCAAUUUUGGCACAAAUCGGUUCAUAUGUUCCUGCUGAUUAUGCAGAAAUUGGGAUAGUGGAUCAAAUAUUUAGUAGGGUCGGUGCUUCUGAUAAUUUGUAUCAGGAUCAAUCAACAUUCAUGAUUGAAAUGAUCGAAGCUGCAAAUAUUCUUAAAAAUGCUACGCAAAGGUCAUUUGUAAUAAUGGAUGAAAUUGGUCGAGGAACAACGACUUUAGAUGGAAUCGCUAUAUCUUUUGCAACAUUACAUCAAUUGCAUUAUAAGAAUAAAUGUCGUACUUUGUUUGCAACACAUCUUCACGAAUUAGCAAAUAUGAUAAAGAAUUUUGAAUAUGCUGCUUUUUACUGUACUGAUAGUCAGGAAAAUUUGGAUGGAAGUUUUCAUUAUCUUCAUAAAGUAAAGAAAGGCGUAAAUCGAAAUUCAGCAGCAAUCAAAGCCGCACAAUUAGCGGGAAUGCCAAAUUCCGUAUUGAAUGUUGCAAGAGAAAUUUUACAAUCGUUACAGGUUCAUAAUAAAUUUGUAGAUUUGGAUACUAAUAAUAUUCAGGUUCAUUAA